AUCUCAACUUUUUGCAAUAUGUUACCUAUUACUAUUUCCCAAAUGUUGUUCCUGAACAUUAACAAACAUUUAAAUGAAAAACAAUUACAUAUCAUAAAUUUAAAUUUUGAUUUAGAGGCCAAUUGAGCCCAAAUAUAUAUAUGAUUUUGCAUGUUUUACAUGGUGUUAUUUUUACUCAAAAGUCAUUCCUGAACAUAAACAAACAUUUUAAUGAAAAAAAUCAUAUAUCAUAGCUGUGAGUCAAAUUGAGCUUGAAAUAUCAUGGUUUUGCAUUUUUCAUGUGGUUUUGUGAAUAAUAUUUAAAUUUUAAAGAAUCAGAUACCUAUUAAUUUUCCCUCAAAUAUCUUCCUUAAAAAUCAACGAACAUUUUAUUAUAGAAAAAAUCACAGAUCACAGCUUCGGGUUUUGAUUUAGAGGCAAACUCAGCUUAAAAAGUCCUAAUUUUGCAUGUUUCACGUAGUUUUGUGAAUAAUAUCUCGAGGUUUAGUAAUCAGAUACCUGUUAUUUUUCCUCAAAUGGCUUUCUUAUACAUCAACGAACAAUUUAGUGAAAAAAGAAUCACAUGUCAUCGCUUUGAAUUUUGAUUUUUAGACGAAUUAAGUAUAAAAAGUCAUAAUUUUGCAUGUUUCACGCAGUAUUGUGAAUAAUAUCUUAAGUUUUUGUGAACGGAUACUAAAUAUUUUUCCUUAAAUGUCUUUCCUGAACAUUAACAAACAUUCUAAUGUAAAAAGAAUCAUAUGUCAUCGCUUUAAAUUUUGAUUUAGAGGCAAAUUCAGCACAAAAAGUCAUAAUUGUGCAUGUUUUACGUAGUUCCUGUACAACUCAAAGACGAAGGGAAUAAUAUCAAUAGGAUCAGGCGUUACGGAAUUCCAUUUUUAUAUAGUAGAUAAUCCCGGACAGGUAGUAACAUUAAACAAUAUAUGCGCGUUGGUCAAAGAGGCAUUUGUUCGUACGGCUACAAUGGAAACUGCUGAAAAUGGAUUUAAAGCCACCGGAAUUAUUCCAUUCAAUCCCAACAUUUUUACCAGCAAAGACUUUGCUCCAUCUGACGCGCUCGAAGCGCUUGCUCACGACGUCAACGAGAAGAAUACACCGAUCAUUUCUACUAGGGCCGAAACAAUUUCUUCGAAUCGAAGUUCAAACGAAGCUUCACUACUACCGGAAGAUGCAUCUACGGCAGUUGAGACAGUUGACGGAAACCAAAUUUGUGUGGUGGAAGGUACAUAUUCGGAGUCGUACACAGUCCCUGCAGAAGAGGUCCAAUUGUGCAAUACUCAAGUAGUGGAUGCCAGCGUCAACAUAAGUGGAUUGCAAGGGAUCGACCUCAUCGAGACCAGUGAGGAUGCGGAUACGGAACAUUGUAUUGUAGACCCAAACUUGUAUUACAUUGUAGGAUAAAAUGGACUAAUAUCAACGAAAUCGUACUCUGAAAUGAACGCUGAGCAUACACCACUCACCGAAGUAAUGACGCUGAACUGUACUCCAUCGUUGACCAGUAACGUUUCCAACUUGCAGAUAUCGUUUUCCGAACUCACAUCGUUGAAUAACACGCAAUUGAUACCCAGCAGCGUUUCAAACUGGGAGACAUUUCAAACCGACCGACUCACCGAAGCUAUGACGUUGGCCAACGCUCCACUGACGUCCAGCAGCAUUUCGAAUAGGCUCAUUGAGAUGAAGUUAACAACCAAACAAAAGCGAUGGGAUCAAGAGUGCAAUAUCAGAGCUGUUACAAUGACCAACGGUUUUCGAUCUUCGACACAAAGAGUCCAAGAAAAGUCUGAGAACAAGAGGCCGCUUAAGCAAACCAGAAAGAAGGGAGAAUCGGUUGAUCUGACAUCCGCUGCGUAUAGGAAAAGUUUGUUAAAAUCAACUGCUCAAAGGGAUCUGAAGCUACUCAAAAAAACUUCAGCUGGUCGUAAAAUUGUACGGAAAAAUAACCCCAAGGACAUCCCAUUCGAAGACGUCCUUUGUUACUAUUGUGGAGUUGUUUUUAGUGCAUCCGAAGAAGGAAACGGUUGGCUCAAAUGUAUUUUAUGUCAAGCAUGGUUCCAUGUAGAAUGUAGCACGACUAACAAGCUUUAUUUGGAAUGCGGUAACUGCAACUGAAAUUCCUAAUUACAUUUAAUGUAAACUCCAUGUUCUUCAAAAAAACAUAAUCAGGCUAUAUUACUAAACACAUGUUUUUAAAAGGUAUCAUUCCACGAUCAAAAUGUUGAAAAUAUGAAGAUGACUUAACAAAAAAAU